AUGUUACGCCUCCAUGUCAGAUUGAGAAAGGAGGGCCAGGGUGGCCAGGAGGCGGAGACCAUCCUGGUUCCAACGGAGCCAACGAAGAGGGUACACGACUUCAAGGUAGAGAUCGCGCGUCGCGCGCAAAAACUGGCAGCUUUCGAUGGCUGCCGGGUGAUUUGCUUGCGGGAGGGAUCAAGAGCACACGCUCUGAUAGAUGAUGAGGACGUGGUAUCAGAUGUGCUGGAAAACGGAGAUGCAGUUCUCGCCGAGGUAGCGUGUCUGCUGAGCCCUGCAGGUGUGAAGGCAGUGUCUGCCCCAGAAAAAGAGCAUGAGGCUACAGCAGGACCAGCGUUCGACACAGGCGAAACCACCGAUGGAUCUGGGGCAGAGGUAGAGCCAGCAGAGUUCGAAACGGGAGAUGCUGCAAGCAUACGGUACCAGACUCUGGAGAGGCUGGCACAAGGCUUGCCGCCGCAAGUUGUGGAGGUAUCUGCCACGACGAGCACCUGGGAGCUGGCAAAGCAGAUCGCCCACGCUGAGGGCAUCGAGUAUGAGCCAGCUGAGGAGGAAGUCGCGCUUGCAUCCUCCGCUUCAGAAGACCACGGCCGCUGCCUCUGCUCCGAGGUUGGAAGUCGCGUCAAGCUCUGGGGCUACGAUGCAGCCAUGAAAAUUGAUGCUGCGGCCUUUUCACAGCCGAUGCAUCCGCAGCGCUGGGCAGCUGAGCUUGCCAAGGCUGACAUUUGCUCGAUUUGCCUCUCCGGCUUGGGCGACUGUGUCGACAGCUCCGAGCGUGAAGUCCCGGACUUCGUCGUUGGCAACCGCCUUUGCCAACAUUUCUUUCAUGCAGAUUGCCUCUUGAAGUCUUUUGCCGCGGAUGGCAAGGUCCUGCAGUGUCCAUGCUGCCGAGGGGAGUGGCUCUACUUGAAAGAUGCGAAGGGCCAACGCGCAGAAGAAGGCUGCCAAGGCAGCCAGGAGGAUGGUCGAGUCCUUGUUCUGGUACCUGCAGCGAGCGGCUUUCGAGAGGCCGCAGUGGCAGCGGCAGCAAGCAUGACAGUGGACGAGCUGAAGAGAGAGGUGUCCAGAAUUGUGGGAUCUGACUGCCAGAAUUUUGUGGCAUGCAGCCGGGGCGUUGUUCAAGAUGACCAGUCCUUGGUUGUUACAGCACCGCCGGCCGUGUACUCCUUUUGUGAUCGCGGGGCCCAUGCUUGGACCAUCAUGCUUACCUGCCAGUGCAACGACCAGGACCACCACUUACAGUGGAAGCAGAAGAUGCGCAGCACCGACGUCAUAAGCCAAGUCAAGCAAGCCUUACAUCGUGCUUGGCGGAUUCAGCCUUCGAAGAUGCAGAUCCAAAGCAUGGCAGGCCUGCCCUUCCCGGACCAUGCGCGGGUCGGCGACGUGUGCUGCGGUGUGCAGGUCGAAGCCGCCGUGGCCGUGAUCCUGUCCGAUCAGAGUUUCGUGUCACUCGACUUCUUCGUUGCCUCGCAGCGCUUGGCCGCUCCCACGGCGAGGCACCGGUGCAAGGAGCAAGUUCGCACAGAGGAGAUCCUGUACGUGAGUCAGCGCUCGUGCUGUUCGCCCCCAAGAGACCUCGAGCGGGAGGGUGUCGGAUUUGGACAAGAGGAUCGAGUGUCGUUGUUUUCUGCAGACACAGCCUGGCAAGUGGUGUCCUGUCAGCAAACAGAGGCCGGCAUUAGCUGCUUGUUGUCUUGUCUGUAUGUCCUUGCAGCGGAAGACGAAGCUUCCGAAACACUGGUCGCAUCUGCGUGGAAGUACUUGCCCUUUCCGCCCUUCUGCCUGGGGCUGCGGCUUUUGCUGGAAGGGCGCACGCAGCAAAUGCAAGAUCCCGAGAAGGCCGCGGUGGCCCAUGGCAUGUAUCAGCUGCUGACAGCGAUAUGUCCGGAGCAUAGCGAGCGGGAGUCCCUCUUUGAGUAUUCCCGGCUGCUGCUGUCGCAUCUUUUGCAGCCUGAGAGCUCAAGCUCAGCGACUUCGUCGCCGCCUCGUUUCCGGACUGUGGACUUGAUGUGCAGUGUCAGCCACGCAGCUUUGAAGGAGCCAGUCUUUUGCCUUCGAGACGUCCCGGAUACAGGCUUCAAUCGAGAAGCCGCGCUGCAGUGCCUGUCAGAAAGUGCUGCGGAGAAGAUUGUCUUGGAUGAGGAUGGAGAGCCAGACGCCUGGGAGUCAGAAGUGUUGCGUGGUAGGGCUGCUGAGGAGCUAGUGGAAAGCCUUACAUUGUCACGGCUUGUGAGAGCCUAUGCCCCCAUGACUGAGUGCCUGGUGAUGGAAGCUUCUCCACCACCUUCCGUGGCUGUGUCAAGCGACCAAUUCCCAUCCUGGACGAGCUUGCGGAAGCACUGUGGGACAGAAGCUGCGCAGUGCAUGCGGUUGCUCAGCGUUCUGUCGCUGAAAAGUUGUCGCUGCCCGCCCAAGCUUACCAAAACCAAGGAAGGCGUUGUGGUCGUCUUCACAGGGCACGGAAAGUCUGCUGCAGGCAGUGCAGUGAUUUUUGAUCCCUGCUUGGGCUCCGAGGAGCACAUGGACUUGGAUGUGGCUGCCAAGAACCUUUCUGAGAUAGGUACCAGCUUUUAUGCAGAGCUUCAGGAGAAGGAGCUGCUUGAAGGCAUCAUCGUUUGCCUUGAUGUCUCUGAUUCCAUGAGCAAGCACUCGUCUUUCGAGCGGGAUGAUGUCGCAGGAAUGCUUCAGGAGAGCCAGGAUUUGGAGCAAAACCCGAGCGACGACUCUGCAGAGGCCCUGCAGCGCCACUUGAAGCGCUUCGAUCUACAGCCCGGGAUGGCGUACAUCCGCCAAAUUGUCCAAGAACGUACAACCUUGAGAGCGCAGGCCGACUGUGCAGCCAUGGUGUUAGAAGAUCUUCGCAGCCUGGCGCGAGUCACACCAAGAGGCUCCGCGGAUGAUGCCAGGCGAAUGGUCAAGCACACAUCGGAGUUUGCGAAAGUUCUGCUGGAACAUGAUGAAGAUGAUCCGCCGCCUGAGUUUUGCUGUCCCAUCACCAGGAGUUUAAUGAGGAAUGCCGUCUGCGCGCCGGACGGCUUCACUUACGAAAGUGAUGCAAUCUCAGCAUGGUUCGAGAAGUCCCAGUCGUCACCUAUGACCGGGCAAAGGUUAGCCGACACGACUCUCGUUCCCAACCAUGUACUGCGGUCGCAGAUACAAGACUGGUGUGAUUGUCAUCCUGCGCAGAGGCAGCCACCAGCUGUGUCAGAACAGGGAGAAUUGCACGUGGUGUGCUACAUGCCCACGAGCAGCUCAAGGGCCGUAGUUGAGCUGAGUCUGCCAGCGACCGCCACCCCGGCAGUUCUGAAGCAGCAGCUGAGAUCCAUCACAUUUCUGCCGGCCGCUUACCACCUCAUCUACCAUGCCGGCAAUUUGCUGCCGGAGCUCGUGGAGCUCAGAACCGCCGGCAUUCGCGAUGGCUCUCCGCUGGAAGUCUUCACUUCGGCCGAGCUUGCCCACACACGCCAUCGAAACAGCAGGACGAUUCGGGUGCUGCUGGAGUCGAGCUCGUCUUCCACGGCCGUCCAGUUUGAGGUGGGCUCGUGCGAGCUUGUGAUCUCUUUGAAGUGCCGCCUCUGGGCGGGCCUUCCGAAAGCUCAGCAGCGAUCCAGCGGACCAAGUCGCAUGGAUCUCUGGUUCAACUUGCACGAGGCGGGGGACGGCUUCCUCAGGGGCACGCUCCUCUCGGACGAUCAUUGUGUUGGACUUUAUGCAGGCGACGCGCAGGAGAUCAAGCUGGAGUUUGAUCUAAGUCGGCAAGGGAGGGAGAAGAUCCGGGUAGCCAAGGCCUCUGGCCGCUACCUUGAUCGACUCACCGUCGUCAAACAGCUCUUCAACGCCUUCAUUGACAGGUCCUUGGCCUACAACAACCCUUGUGCUAUCGGCUUGAUAUGCUUCGGGAGCUCGGUAGAGGAGCACUGUGAGCUGACUCCAGCCUACGAAAGCUUCCGCGAUAGCAUCUCGGAAGUCAAGCCCGAUGGGGACACCCGACUCUUUGAUGCCCUGCAGAUGGCGGCUGAGAAGCUCGAUUCCUGGAAGGCACAGGAACUUUCGAAACCAGGCCCCGGCCGGAAGGCGAAGCCCCCGAAGCUUCGCCUCGUUGUUCUCUCCGAUGGCUGUGACACGAGCUCCGUGAAGGAGGCGCCGCAGGUCGCCCAGUUCUUACAGAGCAAGGGUGUGGUUGUGGAUGCUGUGAUGAUUGGCAAUGAGACGGAUCCUGACCUUCAUGCGGUAUGCAAAGCAAGCGGAGGCUACGUCUUCCGGCCAGCAAGCCUCCAAGAUGCGGUGCGCUUGAAUGAGUUAGAAACCUUCCUGUUCAGUCUGGAGCGGCCUCCCAGCAAUCAAAGGAGCAUGAACUCCACUGAUUCCCUUGAAGCCUAUGGCCCGGCCUUCUUCCCGCUGGACCCAUGCAGCGAGGACCAAGUUCCACCCCGGAAACAUCCGGCCCAGCUGGAAAGCUGCGUGCACGGCUUGCAGGAUGCCCUGCACCAGACGGCUGAGGGCCCCGCCCUGGCGGGGAGGGAGGCCUGGGCUCGGAGGACCAGGAUCCUCGCAGAAAUGCGGUAUUUGCACCGGGAGCCACACCCGGCCUUUGACGUUUUCCCCAGCUGCGAUGACAUCGGGUUUUGGAAGGUGACGGUCUCCGGCCCAGAUGGGACGCCAUACGCAGGAGGAGUCUGGCUCCUUUACGUUGUUUUUCCAACGGAGUUCCCCGUGGAGCCACCAGAAGUUCGGUUCAUCACGCCUAUCAAGCACUGCAACAUCAAUCAGCAUGGCCGCGUGUGUCAUUCGAUCCUUGGCCGAAACUGGACACGUGAGACGCGGGCGCGGAGCUUGCUGGAGAGCAUCUAUGGUUUGCUUUUGUGUCCGGAUGUGGAUGAUCCGCUGGACAGCACUCUGGCACUGGCUUUCUAUGACGACAGCGGCUUGUACGAGUCAUCCAUUGUGGACCAUGUACAAAGGCACGCUAAGUGCAAGACCCGGGCCGACUGGCUGGCGCUGCUGUCUGCCCCAGAGGAACAGCCGCCACCGGGUCCUUAG